GCAAGCGUGUUAUUACCAGAGUGCACGGUGAAUGAAUAAAGGUUAAUUAAGAACUGAAGUUCGAUAUAAUCAUUGCUUUCAGUAAAUCGUGACUCGUGACGAAAGUUCAUGGUUUCAGGAUUUCGAGCGUUCACCGCUGUUCAUCCCGGAAUAUAUUUUUUCUUUUAUUUUUUGUCGUCUAUUGCGAAAAAUUGAGUGAUUCGUAAAAAUAAUACUGGGAUAAAGGUGGAAGGAAAAAAAUUAUCUGAUAGUGAGAGCAAGUGAAUGUAUGAAUGUGACGCCAGACCGAAAGAGUUGAACCGCACAGUUGAACGAAGCGGCGAACAGUCAGAGGAGAGAAGGAUAGAUAGCAGGGGGAGGAGGAACCGCCAUAUUGGCAACUUGUGACUUUUUUUGUUUUUGGGGAGGACAGGGAGGUCCGUGAUCCGUGAGUGAACAAUCAAGUCAAGUACCAGCUACCAGCAGCUCGUACACUUUGUACGGUUACGAGGACCACGGGGACGAGUGAAAAAACGUGUAGCACACUGCGUAUAUGUGUUUAAUAGUGGAGACGACAAAACGGAGCGAGAAGACUGGACGUGGUUCGAUUAUAUUCCAAUUAACCAAACUUAUUGACCCAACGAUCGAUCAUUCGGAGAAACGCAAUGCCUUGGUCAACUUUUCUCCGGUUUUAGCAGCCACUAACUAUUGCGAGAGUUAAGAGUCUAGAGGCCGAGUUUUGAAGUGUCAUCAUUGUAUACACUGAUCACCCAACCCUAUUUUCAUACCCUUAUAAAAUGAGCUUUUUUGGAUUUGGUCAGUCCGCUGGACUUGAAAUUGUCUUGGAUGGAGCUAGUACCAGAAAGACUGCUGAUAUCAAAUCUGAAGAUGGCAAGAAAGAACCUCAUCCGCUCUAUUAUGACGGUGAAACUGUCUCUGGGAAGAUCAAUAUCAGCCUAAAAAAAGCAGGUAAAUUGGAGCACCAAGGUGUAAAAGUGGAAUUCAUAGGCCAAAUCGAGCUCUAUUACGAUCGUGGAAAUCAUCACGAAUUCACAAGUCUGGUGAAGGAGCUUGCGAGACCUGGCGAGCUUACACACAACACUGUAUAUCCGUUCGAAUUUGCAAAUGUCGAAAAACCUUUCGAGAGUUACACAGGUUCGAACGUAAGACUACGAUAUUUCCUGCGUGUUACGAUCGUCCGUCGUUUGAGCGAUUUCGUUAAAGAACUCGAGCUCGUUGUUCAUACUUUGAGUUCUUAUCCAGACAUGAAUAAUCCCAUCAAAAUGGAAGUUGGUAUUGAGGACUGUCUUCAUAUCGAAUUCGAGUAUAACAAGAGCAAAUACCACCUGAAAGACGUCAUAGUUGGAAAAAUAUACUUUCUACUCGUUAGAAUAAAGAUCAAGCACAUGGAAAUUGCUAUUAUAAAGCGUGAAACAACAGGUUCUGGUCCACACACGUUCACGGAGAACGAAACGAUUGCGAAGUACGAGAUUAUGGACGGAGCGCCUGUAAGAGGAGAGUCAAUACCAAUAAGAGUUUUCCUCGCUGGUUAUGAUCUUGCUCCUACGAUGCGUGACAUAAAUAAAAAAUUCAGCGUAAGGUACUACUUGAAUCUCGUACUGAUGGAUGAAGAGGAUCGUCGGUAUUUUAAACAACAGGAAAUAACGCUGUGGAGAAAAGGCGAAAAAAGCAGAAAAUCACAAUCGGCCUCGCCUCAUUUGCCAUCUCAUUUGGUAUCGGCUGAAACUGGAUUCCCUCAGGGUGCGGCGCAGAACGGACCACCCUCCGGGCCUGCCGAGACUGAGAAUUCAGUGAGCGGAGCUGAGGGUGAUCAAACGGGACCGAAUUCGGACGAGACACCGGCUCCCAUAGAAGGAAUGACGCGCGAAGAGGGUGAUGGUGAGGGUGAAAAGGAAGCAAAUCCCGAGAGUAAUAAUUGAGUUUCAUUGGGAAAUUCCCUUAUUUCUAUAUCGCUCUCAAUUUCGCACCAAAUGUUCGAGAAGGAAGUUGCGAUUUGCCGAACAAGUGCUCCCUCGCGGUAUCUGUCCGCGAGAAUUUCGAAAGCCCUGUACUCACGAGAGUCUAAAACGUUUGAGCAAUAUAAGCGCUUGUUGUGGUACAGUGUUAAUGUGAUGGACAAUAUCACGAAUAAUAAGAAGGAGAAAGAGAAGAAGAUGAGUAGGAAAAAAAAUGAAAAGGAUAAAGUUCGAGUCCGAAUGCGAUGAUGAAAAAUCGUUGUGUAACUUUAGCCAUCGGCAAAAAUUUGUAAAUAUUUUCGUUACGCAUAAUGAGACGAACCGAAGGAAUAACUCGGUGGUGCGCGCGGUUGGGACGGCGAAUGAUGCACGUAGAUCUUUUUUGUUUUUUUUUUACAAAUAAAAUUAUCAUUAAAAAACGAAUCAAAAAUUGCUUCGUUCAAACUGAAUAAAUGUGUUAUAUUGAGCAUCGGCUUACUAGAUCGAAAACGAUAGCGAAUGAGAUUAGGAAAAAAAAUGGGGAAAAUCAAAGGAUUUUUUCCCGAUGGCUGUUUUUUGCAAAAGGACAUCUAGGCGAGAUGUCCAUUGUUUGUAGAUUAGGCAAUCGAGAUGAAAAGAUUAAAGAAAACGAACGAACGAGCGGACCAAAAAAAAUGAAUCGGACCUAUUUUUCACACCACAAAGAACGUAAGAAUUUUUAUACUCGGAGCAAUAAUUAACUAAUGCUAUUUGUAUAAUACGCUCAUAGGGACUUUGAUAAGCGUGGUCUGAUUUUAAGAUAAGGAAGAAAAACGCCUAUCUUUCUCGUUCUUUUGUACUAUUAUAACGUAUAGAGAAGUGAUUUACCAGAUAUCCUCUCUACUUGAUAAUAGUACAAUAAUGUUCGUCCGGUUCGAUGCCUUUAAAAUAAAUCAUGUUGACUAUUAGUAGUCGCCUGCUAUUGUUAAAAUUUAUUUGUGAAUUAAAAACAGUCUAAAGAAAAGAGGGGAUAAUAUUUAAAAUAAAUUGUUUAUUUCACGUUACAAAAACAGAAAAAAAUUGGCUGAUGAGAAAAAAUUUCAGGUUCAAGCCUAAAGCGAAAAUCAUGUUGGAUUCACAUUCGCCGAAAAUGAUAUAAAAAUCGAAUUUAGAAUGUCCCUUCGCGCGUCGCCGCCGCUCGAGGUCAAAAUCAAGAAACCAACAAUAUAUAAUAACCGAUCGCGAAUGUUGGUCGCAAAAUUUUCACGAUUCUACUUUAGAGCAACAGUGAAAAAAAAAAAAAUAUAUCGAAAUAUCAGACAAAUUAUACUGGGAAAGGCGCGCGAAAGAAAAACAAUUUAUUUUACAUGUCAAAUAUUGUAUAUACAUAUACAUAUGUCGUGUGCGAUAUGCAAUUUGUUGUAUAUUUUAGUCUCAUAAUUAUUAUUACAUUAAAAAACAGAUAUACAUAAUAUACAAAAAAAAUAAUGAAA